GCAGAGUCCCAGUUGUAACCUGCUCUCCGUUGCUCCUUCCCCUGCUGCCUGGAUAUGGAAUCCCUACUAACCUUCUCUUUCUUCCUCUCCUUUAUUUCUACAGGUUAUUCUCUGUCCUGUGUUCACUGCAAAGUGGAAGGGGAAAACUUCUGUCAAGGGCUAGAAAAGCAAUGUCCCAAGUCGGGAGAUUUUGUGUGCGCAUCUACUAGCACGGUCACCAUAAUCGAGGGAGUAGCCAGUAAAUCAUUCAGCCGGUCAUGUGAGAGACGCACCAGCUGUGGGAUAUCAGGAAGCAUCGGUUACCUAAGGGGCAAAAUCAAAACCGCCACAACAUGCUGCUUCAACGAUGGCUGCUCUCCCUCCACUCCCGCGUUGCCCUUGGAGAACAUGCAGAGGGUGGGACUGACAUGUCGAAGCUGCACUUCCCUGGACUCCAAGUGGUGCUACACCGAAGACACCAUAGAUUGUACUGGAGAGGAGAGGAAGUGUAUUCUUCAAACCACCACCAUAUCAGGAUCCAAGACCGGCCUGAGAACAGUACGAGGCUGCGCCACCAAUGAUCUCUGUGCUUUGGGCAGUCACUACAACGACUAUGGGGAGAUAAAGGAGUGGACGGAAGUCACCUGCACCAAUGGCACAACUGCUCUGCAGCAGAACCUUCUCCUCCUCCUGGCACUGGCUGCUCUGCUCUCCAUUAAACUAAUGUAACUGCCUCUGCCAAUGUCUCUGCCAAUGUCUCCCCACACUCUAAGUGCCCCAAAUUCCAGUAACACUCGGCUUCCCAGCAGCAGAGUUGCUCGUAUAUGGACUGUUGCUUCUCAAGCAAUUGCCUGCAUGGAUUCCUGCAUCUUCACGUGCUGCAUGGAACAAGCUCCCCGACACCUUCAGCUUCUCACUAUCACUUGGACUUGCCAUGGCUGUGAAUGUAUGAGCAGUGAAAGGGUUGAAAGGCUGGAUCCUGGGGUACACGUAUAAUUGGACUUACCUCCCUCCAAACUGAAUGCAGCACUGCCAGGACAAAGUAAAAAUAUAAAGCAAAAAAAUAGACACUUUUAUUUACUGUGUUAAUGUGAUUUUGUCAGUUUAGUUCUGCCAAUUCAGACACAGCUAAAAAGCAAUGCCAAUCCAUCUUGUUAUUUUUUAAAGGGACACUAUAGCCUAAUAUUUAUUCUGAUGAGCAAACUUAGGGACUGUUCCUGCUGAAUUGUGCUUAGUACAGAGGAAUACCUAUGCUGCCAUAGUUUUAUGGGAUCUCUCUGUACAGACUAUGAGCAAACUUAGGGGACUGUUCCUGCUGAAUUGUGCUUAGUACAGGGGAAUACCUAUGCUGCCAUAGUUUUAUGGGAUCUCUCUGUACAGACUAUGAGCAAACUUAGGGGCUGUUCCUGCUGAAUUGUGCUUAGUACAGGGGAAUACCUAUGCUGUCAUAGUUUUAUGGGAUCUCUCUGUACAGACUAUGAGCAAACGUAAUAGGUUGUUCCUGCUGAAUAGUGAUCGACGAAUUUGUCCCGCUUCCGUUCGCAAAUUUUGACGCCUGCGUCAAUUCUGACAAUUUUGACGCUGGCCUAAAGGCAAUAGGCGUCCAUAUAAUGUUGAUGGGCGACGGUUUUUGAUGCCGGAGAAUUUUUGCGAAUUUAUUCGCCGCAGACGAAACACAGAAAUUUGCCGCAAAUUCACACCUGCCGAAUUUAUUCACCCAUCACUACUGCUGAAUUGUGCUAACUGUUGGAUGGGGCCUACUGGGACUGCUGUCUCAGGGGCCCUCCUCCCCUUCCGCGCCCCCCCCCAUGCUAAUGCCUUUUUUUUGCGGAGACCGGGCAGGAAAGGGAGGUUGGGCGCAACUGAUUAAAUCAAGUAUAUUAAAAUGAAGUAUAUGUAAAUGAAGUUAUAGUGGCCCUUUAAUUGCUUGAAGUAUGGUUUGUUUUCUGAUUCGAACAAUAUCAUGUCAUUUAUUCACUGCAUUCUAGUAAAGUGAGCCAGUAUGGCAGCUCACGCACUCUGAAUAUUCUGUGCAUUCAGUUAUCUGUACUAACAACAGGGCAGCUUCAGACUCUGCUAAUACACAAUGUAUAAUUAUUUCAUAAAGGGACGUGAUUAUUAAUUGUCCAUUUUAAUUUUGCACCUGCCUUUUGACUCCGCCUCAUCUGAUUGGCUGCCCGUAACCGAGUCACUUGUAACAAAGGCGGCAGAUGGGAUGAUGUUACUGGGGUACUGGGUACAGACUCUUAUUGUUAGAAGCACUCGGUACAAUUACGUAUAUAGAUAUUGUUGGCUGCUUUUCCCACAGCUGGUUUGCAUUCAUAGUUCUACUAAUUCUGACUCUCACUGUUACUAUAAAACCCAAUGUUCAGAUGAUAAAACCGCCAGUAUUCUCUAAAUAAACUACCACUAAAAACA